AUGACUGCUACGUAUGCAGGCCUGACAGUGGAGAAUACCAAGGUGGGUGAAGCAGCUAUUCGGGGUCUCCCGGUUCUUACUACCGAGAUGCAAAUCAAAGCUCUUAGCUCCUUGGCCCGUGGCCAGCCAGGUGUCCUGCACCAUAUUACCUCUCGGCUCGUCGCUUUCGAACACACCCGCGGUUCCCCCCGCAAACCACAUACCCUUAUUUUUGUCGGCGGAUUGGGCGAUGGUCUUGGUACAGUGGAAUACGUAGCUGAUCUGGCAACGGCACUGGAGGGAUCCGAAUGGACAAUAUUCAACCUAGUCCUGGGUUGUUCUUAUGGAGGCUGGGGCAUGGGCCGACUUGGUCAGGAUAUCGACGAGAUUGCGCAAUGCGUGAACUAUGUUCGGGAAUAUAAGGGGCCACAUUAUGGUACCGGAAAGGUGGCUAUUAUGGGAUCUUCUACAGGAUGUCAAGAUGUAAUGCAUUACAUCAACUGCCCGAAUCCACGACCGGCACAUCCUAUUUUUGAUCACGAUUGGGAGCCUAUCCUACGUGCUCCUAUUGACGGAGCUAUUAUGCAAUCCCCAGUAUCAGAUCGUGAAGGUAUUCUUCAGGUUUUGUCGGAUGGGACUGAGCGGAACAGUCCUGCUGAAAUGCGUGAGAUUUACGACAAGGCGGUCGAAGAAGCCCGAAAUAAAACAUACGAGGAUGGCGACACUGUGGAUACUAUUGUACCACUGUCGGUGACUGGCCGAAUUGGAUAUUCCACCUCCACACCGGUGAGCAGUCGGCGCUUUCUGAGCUUGACAAGUCCCGACAGCCCAGAGAAACCCGAGGAAGAUGAUCUGUUUAGUUCGGACUUGAGCGAUGAGCGACUUGCUGAGACUUUUGGAAUGGUUGGGGCUAGAGGCCUUUUGAAGCAAAAACUGCUGGUUUUAUAUUCCGGCCGAGAUCAGUCCGUUCCCCCUUGGGUCAAUAAGGGUGCCCUUCUUCAACGGUGGGAAAGAGCUAUUGAUGCUGGUGAGAAGGAGUUUUGGGAUCCUCGCAGUUUGGUUAUUCCCAAUGCUUCCCAUCAGUUGAGUGACCCUGACCAAGCAGAGCCGAGGCGCAUUUUAGUGCAAAGGGUGACCGCUUAUUUGAAUGAUCUCCAGAGAGGUUGA